GAGCAGUUCAUCCCACCAACUCGCUUGUCAGCGCAGGAUGAAGAUGAGGACGGUGCGCAGCUGCUCCAUUUUCUUUCUUCUAUUCUUUGUUCCAGCGUGCCAGUCGGCUCACGGCCGUUACGCUCAGAAGCUUCUAAGCGACUUGUUUUCCAACUACACCAACGCCUUGCGGCCGGUGGAGGACACGGACCACGUCAUCAACGUGACGCUGCAGGUCACACUCUCGCAGAUCAUCGACAUGGAUGAGAGGAACCAGAUUCUCACCACCUACCUGUGGGUCCGCCAGGUGUGGAUGGAUGCCUUCCUCACCUGGAAGAAGGAUGACUAUGACGGCCUGGACACCAUCCGUAUACCGAGCAGCUAUGUGUGGCGGCCCGACAUCGUCCUGUACAACAGCGCAGAUGACGAGUUCUCCAGCUCCAUGGAGACCAACGUGGUCCUCCGAAACGACGGGCAGGUCAUGUGGGACCAGCCAGCCAUAACCAAGAGCUCGUGCUCGGUGGAUGUGGCCUUCUUCCCCUUCGACAUGCAGCAGUGUCACCUGACCUUCGGGUCCUGGACUCACAACGGCAACCAGAUGGACUUGUUCAACGCCUUGGAUAGCGCCGACCUAGCGGACUUCAUCCCCAAUGUGGAGUGGGAGAUUCUUGGCAUGCCCGCUAAAAAGAACGUCAUCCUGUAUGGUUGCUGCUCAGAUCCGUACCCGGACAUCACCUUCACCCUUCACCUCAAAAGAAGGGCCUCCUUCUACAUCUUUAACCUCCUCAUUCCCUGCAUGAUGAUCUCCUUCCUGGCUCCCCUGGGCUUCUACCUGCCUGCUGACUCUGGAGAGAAAGUAUCAUUGGGGGUCACGGUCCUACUGGCCCUCACCGUCUUUCAGCUGCUGGUGGCUGAAAGUAUGCCUCCCUCGGAGAGCGUCCCGCUGAUUGGAAAGUACUACAUCGCCACCAUGACGAUGGUUACCGCAUCCACAGCGCUCACCAUCUUCAUCAUGAACGUUCACCACUGUGGCCCAGAAGCACGGCCGGUCCCAGCUUGGGCCGAGCGCUUCAUCCUCAAAUACCUGGCACGCAUCUGUUUUGUCUACGAGGUUGGAGACAACUGCUUCACCGGGGCAUGUUCCCGGAAGCAGCCGCUGUCGGGGGAGGAAUCGGACGAGCACUCCACCAGUGAUAAUAACUGCAAUGGAAAGGCGUGGGGGCGGGCCCAGGCAUAUGAUGUGGGGACAUCUCUCAAGCAAGGACAGGAACUACCAGAUAAGACGGAUUGGAAUGAGGAUCUGUUUGUCACCGUCGACCACUCGGAAGGGGGCGGAGCUGCUGGGAAAAGUGACGGGCGGGGGGAGGAGUCAAAGAGCACCUGUGAAGGAGAUGCGUUGGUUGAGAAGAAGAAAGUAAUGGGAGAUGAAGAUGGAGUUGUGUGCGCGGAGAACCGGAAGGAGAUAGUACUGAGAAACCAGUGUACAUGCCAACAUGAAGGAUUGCACAAGAACAUCGAGUACAUCGCAAGUUCCUACCAGGACCAGAGAGCCGCCCAACUUCGCAUUGGAGAAUGGAGGAAGGUCGCUAAGGUUAUGGAUCGCUUCUUCAUGUGGCUCUUUUUCAUCAUGGUCUUUUUCAUGAGCAUCCUCAUCCUGGGAAAAGCCAUCUGAGGGGAGCCACUUAAAGUCAUUUUAUCCUCAAGUGAACUGACACUCACCACAGAGCCACUUCUCCAUCGCGCCACUCGCCAUCUCUGCUUUGUCACAAGUUCUGCUGCAAAGAGGAUUUCAAGCAAAUGAUUUUGUUUUAAACUUUAGCAAAAUUGAUCAUCUGUCUUUGCAUCCAUUGUUGACUUAACUCAAUAAAAUGUCUUCAUACUUA